GGCACGGAACGCACCCAUCGCGCGCUCCCAGCCCCGCCACCUCGCCAGUCGCCACGACACCAUGCAGCUGCAGGUCCUCCGCCUCCUGGCGGCGCGGCGCGCCGUGUCGACGACCAUCACGGCGCCGGCGUCCUCCGAGGCCCCGGACAGCGACGCGGAGCCGGAGCCGGAGGAGGACGAGGGCCCCUUCUUCGACCUCGACUUCUCCGGCUCCUCCGUCCGGGCCUCCUCCAGCUCCGCCGGCAGCGCCUCCUCGGGCUCCGAGUCCGACGACGCCUUCACCGAGCUCGACUUCAUCAUCUCCCUGCACCGGAGCCGCUCCGCCUCCCCGUCCUACGACGCCCUCUUCUUCGGCGCCGGGCUCGCGCCCCCGCCGCCGCCCCCGCCGCUGCCGCAGCUCAAGUUCUGCGCGUCCGAGCCCAGCGCCAAGGCCACCACCGACCCGCAGGGGCGGUACGGCAGCAAACUCGGCGGCGGCCUGCGGACGCUCAGUUUCGGGGCCAGGAAAGCCGCGUUCUACGGCGGCCGACCCAGCUUCGCGCGGAGCUCCAGCAGCGCGCGCUCGCUGCGGCUGUUCAUUGAGUCACCGGCGGACGAUGACGAGGAGGAGGCCACCGAGGAGCCGGAGCCGAGGCGAGCGCCGUCCAGGGACGUCAUCAGGAGGUACCUGACCAAGAUAUCGCGGCGGCUGCGGAGCGUGCGGCCCCGCUCCGCCGGCGGCGAAGCGAGGGGGCUCCGUCGCCUGCGCAAGAGCCGGUCGGCGUCCGCGGCCGUGACGCUCGCGGCGCCCGCGCCGUCCCGCCGCGACGACUCGCUCGCCGAGAAGCAGGACGGCAUCGCCAGCGCCAUCGCGCACUGCAAGGAGUCGCUCCACCGAGCGUCCCUGUCAGAGUGCGACUCGCCGCUGCUGCGUUCGCGGAGUGAUCCUGGGAAAUGCAACUGAUCGAAGGUCGCCAUUACCGUUCGGAACUCUUGAUGAGACUGGAGGUCGAGCAUGCAAAAGCCUCUCCCCGAAAUUCAGCGAAGAAGAGACAAACAAAGCACAAGCGAAUCAUUAACGCAUCAAGAACAUGCGGCGGCCAUGCCGGCUUGAGGAGAUUUUCAUAUGCCUGUUUUGUUUAUGCGCGUGUGUGUGUUUCACGUCCUUUGAUUUAGCUCCUUUUGUUGGAAGCGUGGGAAAAGAGCUCUUUUUAGGCUUUCUUUACCCCCCUCAUGUAGAAGCGUGGACUGCAGUAGCCGCGUCUUUUGCCGUUCCGUGUGCUCGUUUUCUAAAGUUUUGGUUGUACAAGUGACUUGUAACAUCGACCUGUAACUAGGUACAUUUUGGACUC